ACAUUUUCACAUUUUUACUUGAAGUUUUUAGUUUGUGCAUUAACACUACGGGCUCAAGGAAUACCACGUGUGCGCGAUUUUAUUUACAUUUUAUUAAUUGUGGGAGGUAAACAAAGUUGCAUAGAAUAGAUCUAGGUAAACAAACAAAUAUAAACAUGUCGGGAAUAAAGUGUUUAGGUAAUGCUAUGCGAUUUACGUCGCGCAUUACUGGUCAGGUUCGUUUUGGUGUUUGCAAAAAUAUAACUAAAGAUAUUAUACAUUCCAAACGAAAAUCAUGCACCCUGUCUGGUCUGAAUUGGCCAAAUGCUGAUAUUUCUACCAGUACAUCCAUGGUAAAACAUUCUUACAGACCUCCAGUAGCACUAGGAUGCCUAGCAACAAUCUCACCACAACUAAUAGAUGGUUUGUCACAAAAUUCCUGUAGUGAUAUGCUGGACAGCUUAGGCAGUGAUGAUGACAGUGACACUUGGUCCUAUAUAUAGAUUGUAUAGAAAUUUCAUUCUAGCAAAAUAAAUAUUUUAUUU